AAAUCUGGAUUAAUUCAUCUUUUGCCUUCUUUUCAUGGACAUGCAGGUGAAGAUCCUCACAAGCACUUAAAGGAAUUCCAUGUGGUGUGUUCAAGUAUGAAACCCACUGGGGUUACUGAAGAACAAAUCAAGUUAAGAGCCUUUCCCUUCUCUUUGAAAGAUUCAGCGAAGGAUUGGCUAUACUAUCUACCUUCUGGGAGCAUCACCACAUGGAACAACUUGAAGACAAUGUUCCUUGAAAAAUAUUUCCCAGCUUCAAGGGCGGCCAACAUUAGAAAGGAAAUAUGUGGUAUACGGCAAAACAAUGGAGAGUCAUUGUAUGAAUAUUGGGAGCGUUUCAAAAAGUUAUGUGCAAGCUGCCCACACCAUCAAAUCAGUGAUCAAUUACUCAUUCAAUACUUUUAUGAAGGACUUUUUCCGACUGAUAGGAGCAUGAUUGAUGCCGCGAGCGGUGGUGCUUUAGUUGACAAGACACCGGACGCUGCGAGAACUCUAAUUGCAAACAUGGCUGCAAAUUCUCAACAAUUUGGCAAUAGGCUUGUCCAACCGUCUAAGCAACAGUAUAGACAACCAUUUCCUUCCAAACAACAACCAGUCCAAAGCUCUAGCGCAGGUAUGAAUUUAGAAGAAAUUGUUAAAUCCCUUGCUACUAACACUUUACAGUUUCAGCAGCAAACACAACAAUUUCAACAAGAAACAAGAGCUAGUAUUCAAGAAACGAAGGCUAGUAUUCAGAACUUGGAAAGGCAGAUGGGUCAACUAGCGACUACGGUAAGUCGGUUGGAAUCACAGAGUUCUGGCAAACUACCCUCGCAAACGGUGGUUAAUCCAAGAGAAAAUGCAAGUGCAAUUGUGUUGAGAAGUGUGAACCAAGAAAAAGAGGGAACUAACAACAAUGAAAAAUCUCAAGGUAAGUCUCCCAACCCUACUGAUUAUGAACCAGUUCCCCCAUUCCCUCAAGCUUUGUCAGAAUCUAUAAAAGGAACGAAAGAUGAAGAGUUAUAUGAAACUUUCAAAAAUUGUGAAGUGAAUAUUCCGCUACUUGAUGCAAUAAAACAAGUUCCUAGAUAUGCUAAGUUCUUAAAGGAGUUGUGUACAACAAAAAGGAAACAAAGGUCAUCAAAGGGUGAGAAAGUGCUAAUGGGCAAGAAUGUUUCUGCUGUGAUUCAAAGCAAGCUCCCUGAAAAAUGCAAGGAUCCAGGUAUGUUUACUAUUCCCUGUAUGAUAGGCGAUACUAAACUUGAGAAAGCCAUGUUAGACUUAGGAGCAUCUAUUAAUGUUAUGCCAUAUUCUAUGUAUGCGUCUUUAAAACUUGGACCUUUGAAUAAAACUAGUGUAGUUAUCCAAUUGGCCGAUAGGUCUAAUGCAUAUCCUAGGAGUGUAAUUGAAGAUGUAUUGUUGCAAGUUAAUAAUUUAAUCUUCCCUACUGAUUUCUAUGUGCUAGAUAUGGAAAAUAAUGAUCAUUCUGCACCUAUUCUGUUAGGAAGACCAUUUUUAAAAACUGCAAAAACAAAAAUUGAUAUUCACAGUGGUACACUUACUAUGGAAUUUGAUGGUAAUGUUGUUACAUUCAAUAUUUAUGAUGCUAUGAAAUACCCUGGGGGUGAUAACUCCGCUUAUUCUGUUGAUAUUAUUGAUUCAUUGGUUGAAGAAGUUUUUGAAUUUAAUGGUGAAGAUAAAUUAGAAGUUGUUAUUUGUGAACACCUUGAAAAAGGAAAUAAUGAGUUUUCUCUGAGUGCCAAUUUAUAUGAAGUUAUUGCAUCAUUGAAUCAUUGUCCUAAACUGCGCCAACAAAAUAAUGUUUCUUAUAUGGCUUUACCUGCUUCUAGUGAAAAAUUGUUACCAUCUGUUGUGCAAGCACCGAUCCCCGCAUUGAAACCCCUUCCUGAACACCUUAAAUAUGCUUUUUUAGGAGAAAAUAAAACAUUUCCAGUCAUAAUUUCAACUAAACUGUCUGCAAUAGAAGAGGAAAAAUUGUCCAAAUGCUAA